AUGCAAUGGCAGCAAGCUUCCCUCGGACUUGGGCAUGCUGGGUUGGGUUUGCGAUCAACAGCCAAGCACGCCUCGGCUGCCUACCUUCCCUCGUUGGGGGACACCUCCACUGCAGCGCAGGACUUGGACACCGCCUUCUCUGCCGAGGACCUGCGAUCUUCCCAUGACGUGCGUGCGGCGUUGGCAGCUACCAUUGUGGGUCAAGCCACUUUACAGUCAGAGGGCUGCUUGGGUGCGCGGGCCUUCUUGGCAGCCAUACCGGCUGGCCGGGGGCGCAUGGAACCUGCCACUUUUGUUGCCGAACUACGCGCUCGUUUGGGCAUUCCGGGUGCAGACCAGGAUGCUUGGUGCCCCCGUUGCGAUGGGAUCUUGGACGUGCAAAAGUACCACGCAGGGAUGUGCCCUGCAGGUGGUGAGAGGACCCAACAGCACCACGCCCUGCGAGAUCUGAUUUUCGUAUGGGCUGAACGAUGGGAGAGGGAGAGACCGGGUCUGCUGCUGGCACAGUCGCCUCAUGACACCAGCAACUCAGGCCGGCGACCAACUGAUAUUUACCUUCCGGCGUUGGUUGGGGCUCCUGCUGCGCUUGACUUUGCUGCAACAGCACCACAGCGGCAGGAGACCUUGGUUCAAGCCAGUCAGCAAGGGGCGGCGGCUGCCACGGCAUAUGCCCACCACAAGGAGUCCUACCUGCAGACUGGAGAAGCUUGUCGAAGCCACGGAGUGCAGUUUGUGCCCAUGGUUGUCGAGAGCACAGGCGCUUAG